AUGAGGAAGGCUCAGUGUGGAGAUGAACACAUGAGGAAAGCUCAGUGUGGAGAUGAACACAUGAGGAAAGCUCAGUGUGGAGAUGAACACAUGAGGAAAGCUCAGUGUGGAGAUGAACACAUGCGGAAAGCUCAGUGUGGAGAUGAACACAUGAGGAAAGCUCAGUGUAGAGAUGAACACAUGAGGAAAGCUCAGUGUGGAGAUGAACACAUGAGGAAAGCUCAGUGUGGAGAUGAACACAUGAGGAAAGCUCAGUGUGGAGAUGAACACAUGAGGAAAGCUCAGUGUGGAGAUGAACACAUGAGAAAGGCUCAGUGUGGAGAUGACCACAUGACUGGGAACCAGUGUUCUGACGUCCAGCCGAGUGAUUCCGGGGAGGUUUUAGGUUCUGACGUCCAGCCGAGUGAUUCCUGGGAGGUUUUAGGUUCCGACGUCCAGCCGAGUGAUUCCUGGGAGGUUUUAGGUUCCGACGUCCAGCCGAGUGAUUCCUGGGAGGUUUUAGGUUCCGACGUCCAGCCGAGUGAUUCCUGGGAGGUUUUAGGUUCCGACGUCCAGCCGAGUGAUUCCUGGGAGGUUUUAGGUUCCGACGUCCAGCCGAGUGAUUCCUGGGAGGUUUUAGGUUCUGACGUCCAACCGAGUGAUUCCUGGGAGGUUUUAGGUUCCGACGUCCAGCCGAGUGAUUCCUGGGAGGUUUUAGGUUCCGACGUCCAGCCGAGUGAUUCCUGGGAGGUUUUAGGUUCCGACGUCCAGCCGAGUGAUUCCUGGGAGGUUUUAGGUUCCGACGUCCAGCCGAGUGAUUCCUGGGAGGUUUUAGGUUCUGACGUCCAGCCGAGUGAUUCCUGGGAGGUUUUAGGUUCCGACGUCCAGCCGAGUGAUUCCUGGGAGGUUUUAGGUUCCGACGUCCAGCCGAGUGAUUCCUGGGAGGUUUUAGGUUCUGAAGUCCAGCCGAGUGAUUCCUGGGAGGUUUUAGGUUCUGACGUCCAGCCGAGUGAUUCCUGGGAGGUUUUAGGUUCCGACGUCCAGCCGAGUGAUUCCUGGGAGGUUUUAGGUUCCGACGUCCAGCCGAGUGAUUCCUGGGAGGUUUUAGGUUCCGACGUCCAGCCGAGUGAUUCCUGGGAGGUUUUAGGUUCUGACGUCCAGCCGAGUGAUUCCUGGGAGGUUUUAGGUUCUGACGUCCAGCCGAGUGAUUCCUGGGAGGUUUUAGGUUCCGACGUCCAGCCGAGUGAUUCCUGGGAGGUUUGUCACUGCAGCGGGAAAUCCUACUGUCACUGUGACGGGGUCAAAGGUCAGAAGGGAGAGCCUGGUUACCUUGGAUAUGACGGGCUUCCUGGAGGGAUUGGUUACCCUGGAAACGAAGGUAGCCAGGGGUUACCUGGAGAGAAGGGUUUGUUGGGAGCAGCAGGAUUUCCAGGACUGAAAGGCUCUCGGGGACUUCCAGGAAAACCAGGUUUUCCAGGACCACCAGGACUGCCGGGACUGCCCGGCCACGAAGGACCCCUCGGCCGACCCGGAGUCCCAGGAUGCAACGGGACGAAGGGGGACGGCGGUUACCCAGGGUACUCCGGGGUUCCAGGACGAGCAGGCCUGCCAGGCCGGAUGGGACUCCGAGGGCCGAAGGGCGACAGGCUGGUCUACCCCAUCAGUCAGGACCAGCAAGGGGCCCCCGGCCCCCAGGGGCCCGACGGAGAGCCGGGGCGUGAUGGAGAUCCAGGUGACGGAGGUCUGCCAGGACCACCAGGACCUGCUGGACUUCCUGGCAGACUGGGGUUGCCAGGGUUACCGGGAGAAAAGGGUCAGGAGGGUCCUAGUCCAGUGAUCCCGGGUCCCCAAGGCCUAAAGGGUCUCCGUGGUCCUCCAGGGAUCCCCGGACAGAAAGGGAUCAAACUGUACGCUGAAGGACCUAAAGAACUGAAGGGUGAACCAGGUGUAGAUGGACAGAAAGGUUGUCGUGGACCUUCUGGUUUGCCGGGGAGACUCGGUGUGAAAGGAGUGAAGGGCGAGUAUGGCGACCCCGGCUCAUUAGGUAAACCCGGGAAGGACGGAGUCCCUGGAGAGCUCGGAGCACAGGGGGAGUCGGGGGAUCGUGGAUACCUCGGUCCUCCAGGGACAGACCUGAUAGGAACAGACCUGGUAGGGACAGACCUGAUGGGGACAGACCUGAUAGGAACAGACCUGAUAGGAACAGACCUGAUAGGAACAGACCUGAUAAAGACUGAUAGGGACAGACCUGAUAGGGACAGACCUGGAACAGACCUGAUGGGGACAGACCUGAUAGGGACAGACCUGAUAGGAACAGACCUGAUGGGGACAGACCUGAUAGGGACAGACCUGAUAGGAACAGACCUGAUAGGAACAGACCUGAUGGGGACAGACCUGAUAGGAACAGACCUGAUAGGGACAGACCUGAUAGGGACAGACCUGAUAGGGACAGACCUGACAGUCUGGAACUACGUAUUACUGAAGGGCCAGCGCGGAGUCCCGGGGCCACGCGGACCCCCAGGGGCCCCCGGAGAGCCAGGACUCAUCGGGUUUCCUGGACUGCAGGGCGAGCAAGGUGUGGGUCCUACCGGCCCUCAGGGCCCCCAGGGGCCGCCAGGCUCCUCCGGACCAAGAGGAGAACCAGGAGAACCGGCUCCCUUCACCAUCGGGCCCCAAGGAACGCCGGGAGUACUGGGAGAACCGGGAGCCGAGGGGGAACCAGGAGAACCCGGAAUACCAGUCCACAUGGGUCCAGUUGACUGUGCUCUGUCAGACUUCCUGCAGGGGGACGCCGGACUGCCGGGGGCCACCGGGCUGAAAGGUCUCAGCGGGUUCCCAGGGACCCGAGGACACGAGGGACAGACAGGUGAGAAGGGGGACGUGUGUGUGGUCUGUCCGGUUCUUGCGGGGCCCCCAGGACCUCCAGGUUUACCAGGAGAUCAGGGUGAAGACGGGAGGACAGGUGAAGUCGGGUUUCAAGGACCCAAAGGUCUCAGAGGACUGAAAGGUGCUAAAGGAGCAGCCGGUCCACAGGGCCCCUUCGGGAUCCCUGGACCCCCAGGGGCCCCCGGUCCUGUGGGUGACCCCGGCAUCAUGCACAGAGUGGGGCAGAAGGGAGAGCCUGGGGAGAGGGGGGGGCCGGGACCGCCAGGCCUGGAGGGGCAGGACGGAGCGCCGGGAUUCCCAGGAUCCAAAGGUCUCCAGGGCCAGAAAGGAAACCCAGGGCCUCUGGGGCCUAAAGGGGACCGGGGCCCGACUGGAGAGUCUGGUUCUCCAGGACUGGAAGGACAGACGGGACCUUCAGGACCUCCAGGUAUCGGCAGUCCUGGACAGCCAGGUCCACUAGGCAGUGUGGGGGUGGGGGGACCACGAGGAGAUCCUGGAAGACCAGGGGAGAAAGGUUCUCCUGGUGAGAUUAAAACCAGUCCAGGAGAACCGGGACAGAAAGGGACCAAAGGUUUAUCUGGAAACCCAGGACCUGAAGGUGUGACGGGGAUUGUUGGGGUCCUGGGGUCUGUCGGUCCGAAGGGAGAGAGAGGAGAGGACGGCUUCUCUGUGCAGGGGCCCCUCGGCUUCCCAGGGGUCAAAGGACUGAAGGGUCUCCCAGGAGCUCCAGGCGUGCCCAGUUUUGGAAUCAAGGGCCGUGCGGGGCCGUCGGGACCCCCGGGGAUGCCGGGCCCCAAGGGGGACGCUGGUAUCGGGGGCCCCGGCCAGCAAGGCAGGUUAGGGCCCCAGGGAGAAGAUGGGUCUGUGGGACUCCAAGGAAACCUGGGGCCCCAAGGACCCGCUGGAAUACCAGGACCUCCAGGACAAGAUGGACCAACAGGACCCAAAGGUCGGAGGGGUCUGGACGGCGUUCCCGGUCCGAUGGGCUCGGAUGGAAGUUGUCUACCUGGAGCUCCGGGACCUCCAGGAGACCGGGGACAGAUGGGCGUCCUCGGCUUCACAGGAGCCCGGGGCCCAAAGGGUGCGAUAGGGGACCCUGGGCUGCCGGGCGUAGGACCCAUGGGCCCUCCAGGACCAUACGGGGCCCCGGGGUAUAAUGGAAAACCGGGACCAGUGGGUAGCAUCGGACCAAAGGGACUGAGAGGGACCGAUGGAGCACCAGGACUCCCAGGUAUCAGGGGGGACAUGGGUCCUCCAGGAGCCCUGGGUAGUCCAGGAGAUGAUGGACAACCAGGAGAGAUCGGAAGACCAGGACCAAAAGGUGAGAUGGGUGUGGACGGCGGUGGAGGUUCUCAGGGGCCUCCAGGACCUCAGGGGGACCAAGGGGAGACCGGACCCAAAGGACUGCCCACUCCUGUGGAGAUGUACGGAGAUCCUGGAGAACCUGGAGACCCUGGGUCCACAUGUCUCAACUGUCUGUCUGCUUCCUGUCUCACCCUCAGGGUCCACAUGUCUCAACUGUCUGUCUGCUUCCUGUCUCACCCUCAGGGUCCACAGGGUCCACAGGUCUCAACUGUCUGUCUGCUUCCUGUCUCACCCUCAGGGUCCACAGGUCUCACCUGUCUGUCUGCUUCCUGUCUCACCCUCAGGGUCCACAGGGUCCACAUGUCUGUCUGCUUCCUGUCUCACCCUCAGGGUCCACAGUCUCACCUGUCUGUCUGCUUCCUGUCUCACCCUCAGGGUCCACAGGUCUCACCUGUCUGUCUGCUUCCUGUCUCACCCUCAGGGUCCACAGGUCUAACUGGUACUAAAGGAGAUCCGGGCCACCCAGGACCUCAAGGCUCUGAUGGCAGUAAUGGUUCACCUGGAAGUCCUGGACCACAAGGACCUGCUGGGGACCCGGGCCGAGACGGACUGAAUGGUCCCCCUGGUCCCUGUGGUCUCCAUGGUAACUCCGGUGAAAUGGGAAGACCAGGUGCUAAAGGAGAGAAGGGCUGUGCAGGACCGUGUGGGGAACCCGGUUCUGAUGGGACACCAGGACCAGGAGGGCCUAAAGGUUCUAAAGGAGACCCGAGUCCACCAGGACCCGGAUCUAAAGGAUGCACCGGAGAGAAGGGACAGUCAGGAUGUCCCGGGUUUCCAGGUGUAAAGGGACAACCAGGAGACAGUGGAGACUUUGGUCCUCCAGGAUCUUGUGGUCCCUGUGGUCCUAAAGGACUCGCUGGACCCCCGGGCUGCAGAGGUCUCCCUGGAGCGGGGGGGGGGAAGGGGUGCGACGGUCCUCCAGGAGUCAACGGUCCUUCUGGUCCCGGUGGACUCUCAGGUAAUAAGGGGGCACCUGGAGAUCCUGGUCCAGCUGGAUCCAGAGGGAACCAGGGACAAGACGGGAUCCCGGGUCCACCUGGGGAGAAAGGAGCCAUGGGAGCUCCUGGAGUCGGACCUCGAGGACCAGACGGGACUAAAGGUCCAGCAGGUGAGUCCUCCGGUCCGACCCGGUCCGGCCCGGUCUCGGUCCGACCCGGUCCGGCCCGGUCCAGCCCGGCUACGCUGGGGACCUUGGUCCUCCUGGUCCCUGUGGUCCUCCUGGCCCUUCUGGACCUGCGGGACAGCCGGGUUGUCCUGGUCCUUCUGGACCUCCUGGUGCUCCUGGAUAUCCUGGUUCUGAGGGACUCUGCACAGAAGGAGUCAAAGGAGAGACCGGAUCCCCCGGGGCUCAGGGACCAAACGGUGACUACAGUCCAGACCUCUUCCAGAGGUCCUGGUGGCUUUCAGGGUCCUCCUGGUCCUCCAGGUCCUGGUUUUAAAGGAGACAAAGGGUCUACGGGAGCGUCAGGUGAUCCUGGAGCGCCUGGUUGCCCCGGCGACCGCGGCCAACCGGGCGAGCCGGGGGGCGAUGGACGAGCAGGCCCACCUGGACUCAAAGGCCUGCUGGGAGACACUGGCAUCACAGGACCUGUUGGUUUAAAGGGGGACGAAGGGGCACCAGGUCCUGCAGGUUUACAGGGACCUCCGGGACCUCCUGGGAGAAGGGGUCUGGAGGGGAGCGAUGUACCGAGGGAGGUGAAGGUGGAGGAAGGAGACCCGGGCUAUGCUGGAGAACAGGGCCAACCCGGAGAAGUAGGACCCCCAGGGGCCCGAGGACGGGUCGGGUAUACAGGGUCUAAAGGCGUCCGAGGGAGGGGCGGUCUACUUGGACGGGUCGGGUUUCCUGGACUGAAAGGGGACAAAGGGAACCGAGGAUUCUCUGGACCAAAAGGUACCGAUGGUCCACGAGGUGCCGUCGGAGCUAAAGGUCUCCGGGGUCAGCAGGGUUCAUGCAGCCCGGUACCAGAGGACAGCUUCCUGUUCACCAGACACAGCCAGAAGCUGACUGUCCCAGACUGUCCUGCAGGAUCCGGUCAGGUCUUCACCGGAUACUCUCUGCUGUUCAUCAACGGGAACAACCGGGCUCACGGACAAGACCUGGGGACGCUGGGCAGCUGUCUUCCUAAGUUCACCACCAUGCCGUUCCUGUUCUGUAACACCGACAGCACCUGCCGCUACGCCUCACGCAACGACUACUCCUAUUGGCUGUCCACCGACCAAUCACAGCCAGACAACAUCCCCUUUAUCUCUGAGGAUUCACUGCAGCUUUACAUCAGCAGGUGUGCUGUGUGUGAGGCCAAAGCCAACGUGAUCGCCGUCCACAGUCAGACCAGCGUGGUUCCAGACUGUCCCGGCGGCUGGGACUCUCUGUGGGCCGGCUACUCCUUCGUCAUGGAGACCGGUGUGGGAGCCGAGGGGUCGGGUCAGCCGCUGGCCUCACCUGGAUCCUGUCUGGAAAACUUCCGGAAGAUUCCCUUCAUCGAGUGUCACGGCCGAGGAACCUGCAACUACUACACCGACUCCUACAGCUACUGGCUGGCUGCACUCAACCCUGACGACAUGUUCAGCAAACCGAAGCCUCACAGUGAAAAUGGAGAAUUUCCAGGAAAUCUGAUCAGCCGCUGUCGAGUCUGCGUGAAGCGCCCGUAACCAUGACGACGUCACUACUGCGAAACUACCACUGUAAAUACUACUGAUACUACCG